AUGAUCCAGUAUGCUCGACCCAAGAGGGAGAAUAUUUUGGAGUCCAUAGUGUAUUAUAUAUUGAUGACACUUAGACGAUUGAAACAUGGUGGGAAUGACCCAAACCAUAUCAACAGUCAACAUGAAGCACUGAGUCAGUUUGUGAAAAUUAGUUCAACUCCGUUAUCAUCUGAUAUGGAGUCCAAAUGGAAUACCUCCUUUGCGACGGAAACAAACUUACUCAUGGAGUACUAUGGGAUCCUUACUUGUACCGCAAGAGAUAGAGACACACUCGAAGACUUGGUCCAAUUAUUCUAUACCGUAUCAUUUCAAACGUUCGACUCUAAUUACACUGUGGAUAACAGUUUGAUCCCCUGGAUCAAUUGUGUCUAUUCUGAUGGCGUCAUACAAGCAUGUGGGUGUUUAACUGGGCUAACAAGUAUCCCUGGGUUCAUUAUUGGUGAUGUUUUACUGAGAACUCCACUUAAUAAGGAAGAUUUAUACUACCAAGUAGACCUCUGGAUGGAAUACAUUCAUGUUGUGUCCAGUUAUUACUAUGGAAAACCAAGAUAUAUUAAGCAGAUAUUUGAGGAUAUCAUCAAGAACUGCAUUGCAUUCGAUUGCCACAAGUUGCCCGUCUUGCUUUCUCAUUCGUUAAACUAUUUCAAGUCACCAAAAACAGGGUAUGUCUUUACGUUUAUUGAUAAUGAUUAUAUCAAUACUCUUUUAUGGCUAACAGCCUCACAUGCAUUCAAGACGACUUGGACGUCCAUCUCAUCAAUAUUAAAGGCUCAACAAGUGCUAGUGCGGGCUAUAUCUGACACUACUGAUAAUCUGGUAGUUGCCCAUCUUUCUUUCAAGGGUAACCUUGGGAUUGUCUUGGGACUAAAAGAUGUGGCCAUCACCAAAGCUCAACAAUUACUUGAAUCGGCAACCAUCCGUUUACAAGUCACUAAUCCAGGAAUCAAAGUUAAUGAGUUGAAACACUAUCAAAUAGUCAGUCUCGCGAUUUCCAAAACCCCUGAAGAACUUGUGAAUGGUUUCAAUUCGUUUGGUGAUGUGAAAUCGUCUGACGUUUGGUAUUCCUUCAUUAGAAAGCUCUUUGAAUUUGGAAUGUUGAACAACACUCGAUCUAAGAGUUUACUAGUGGAAUUAUUAAAGAAAUCCUCAACCAUACUUUUAACCAAAGAGAUUUUGGGUUUGUUGUUGAGAACUAUAGACACUGUAUCUGAUCUAGAAUUUAUGAUCAGAAUGUUUUACAAGUAUAACUUGCAUCCCCAUUUUAAGAACGUUAUACUUCGGAAAUAUGUUCAAAUCUUAUACCGAACUCCCCACGAAAUCAUCAGGAAUUCUCACCAAGUCCGGUACUUGACCAAAUGCUAUCUUCCUAGUGAUCAUAAGCCAUUACACACUCAUGUGGACUACGCCCGAUACAUUUACAACAAUUGUUUCCAAUAUUAUUCCACUUCAUUUGUUGGAGUAGCCCUUCAAGGUGAAGCUAAAGUGGAUCCCAAUGCCUUUUAUACAAGAUAUGAAGACUUAUUAGUAUCCCAGAACCGUAUGCCUGAUGAACUGUGUUUGCUAGCUUUACUUACAAGUGCCAUGAAUGUUUCUCAAUCAGAUACUACUUGGGGUAAGGGUAUGUACCCAGCACAAAUGGCAGUGAAUGUCUUUAAAAGUAAUGUCAUGACCCAACGGUACCAGGAGAUGGAAAUCGGAUCCAAUGAUGAAACAAAAGUUUUUCCAACCGAUAAGCUUUGGCAGUCGUACAUUCAAUUACUUGGUAAGUUUGAAUAUACUCCAGAAUUAGCCAACAUUAUUGAAUGGUGGACUUCACUUAAAUUUACUCCCAAUGAAACAACUCUUCUUUGGCUACUUCAUUCAUUGCCUUCCGAAUACGCUUCCUUAUACAUUUUCCAUAUGGAUAAAGUAAGACACGAUAGUCAGAAGGACUUUGAAAACAUAGACAACCACAAGGAACCGCUUACCAUUGAAGACGUAAGCAGCUGGCCAUGGCCCACACAAGACAAGUUGAAACAAUUUAACGCAUCGGUUAGGCUAAAUCAUUAG